AUUUUAUUUCUGGGAGCUUGACAGCGUGUUGCAAAGAAAUAUUUGUGACGCCAUUUUGUGCUUUGUGCUAUUCAUUUCUAUCAAGCCGCUAGAAGUGGCAUUAUUCAUAUUUUCUGUGUGAUUUUCUAUUUAAAUUAACCAAAAUGAGUUACGGUAGACCGCCGCCCCGUAUUGACGGGAUGGUGUCGUUGAAAGUGGACAACCUGACCUAUCGUACUACUCCGGAAGAUUUACGACGAGUCUUUGAAAGAUGUGGUGAAGUUGGAGAUAUUUACAUUCCCAGGGACCGAUACACUAGAGAAAGCCGUGGUUUUGCUUUUGUCCGAUUCUACGAUCGCCGUGACGCCGAGGAGGCCUUGGACUCGCUGGACGGUCGGAUGCUGGACGGCAGAGAGCUGCGAGUGCAGAUGGCGCGCUACGGACGUCCCUCUUCACCAUACAGAAGCCGCAAGUCCCGUCAUGGAUCCAGGUCCCGCUCACGCUCCCGCUCGCGCCGUCGCUCCUACUCCAAGUCGAGGUCUCGUUCCCGCUCCCGGUCCCGCUCGGACUCGAAGAGCUCCCGCGGACGUUCUCGCUCCCGCAGCCGCUCCAGGUCCCGCUCUCGCCAUUGAUGUGCCGAGGUAGAGAUGGUACCGGUGGUGUCCUGAUGAGCUGAGCUGACCUAAGAGCUGCCAGCCUUCAGGCCAGGUACUAUGCUACUUCACCUUACUAUCUAAGACCCUACACAGACCUUGCUAUGAUCGCCAUAGUGGAUUUCAAUGUAAUAGUUUAUUUAAGUUUUUUAAUCAACUAAGCCUUUUGUGUAACUCAAUCAACAAAAUUUGAUUUCUUUAGCUGUAACAUGUUAAACCUAGACACCAGGAUUGUAAAUUUCACAUGAAUAAAAUGUGAUGCUAAUUUAGUGAUGUAAGAUAGUAAAGUCACUAUAUUGGAAAUGUUGUAUUGAAAUUUAAUCAAUUCUAAUUGUAGCAAUUUAAUUAGAAUUACUGUGUGCAAACUUUGCACUAGUUGUGGGUCUGCACAUAACUGUACUUUCAGGUUUAGCCACUAAAUUGUAGAAGAUUAAUGUUCCACCAAAAUUGGGCAUUCAUAAUUUGGGACUACUACAGGAUCUGGUAAAAUUAUAAUCUGACUACAUAUUUUUUCGGUUUCUGGCAGUGAAGGAAAGACUUAGGACAUUAAACAGCAUGAGUAUAUCUAAGAUAUUCAUAAAUUAAUGGUCUAUUUGUUUAGCACCUCUGUCAAAAGAAGUUUAUUUUAAGAUCCAAUCUAAUAUUCUAGAUUAGCACUAGUGUAAGCUACGUCAUGAUGUGUAAUAUUAAUGUAACUGUUGGUAUGCUCAGGGCGAGGCGUGCGCGGGGCGCGGGCGGCGGGGAGGGGGGUGCGGUGUGCUGACAACUGCUGUAUGCUGUUGUGGCCGUUCCUAAGUUAUGAGUAUUUACUAUUUUUUGACAGAGACACGUAUUUUGUCGCACAUGUUGGUGGGACUCUGUGCCUUACUAUCAUUAUUAAUUCUAGAUACAUACAUUUUCAUAUUUUAAUUCAACUAAGUACACAUGACUCAAUAUAAACAUUCACAGUCAUAGACUGAUAGCAGAGCAAUAGUUUUCAAAGUAAUACCAGGAUGGCCACAGCUGAUGCAGAUUGUGGCAGGCAGAAGGACAGUCCUAAACUAAUACGAGCUUUGUUUUGGCAGGCCGGUGCUGCUGGCCUGUUUGCUGAUGCUGAGCCUGAGCUGUAUGCUGUGUUUCCAGGUAGCUGACCAACUGGCUGGGGCACUUGGUAACCUUGUCGACACCCUCCCACGCCCUGACUAAUUACAUAGUUUGUUUGUGAAAUUUUGCCUUGCAGAAAAUGUUUUCAUGCCCCAAUGGGCAAAAAUAUUUUCUUCAAGUCACUCCGGUGAGACAAUCCAGUUAAGAUUAUGAACUGUGUUUCAUAAAGAACAAAUAUAUAACUGGACUGUCUCAUUUGUUUUAGAUAUUUAGUAGUUUCAUCAUGAUUGUUUAUUUUGAAUGGACCACCCUCAAAGUAAAUAUAGGACAGCAAGAAAGAAGAAAUACAACAUUGGACACCUGGCACUGGAUAUUGUGAAAGUAACUUCUUCAUAAUAAUAAACAUAGUUACACAUU